UCAUCCUUAACGUCACCAGGCUUUGAUUUUGGAAAGAAGAAAGAACCCGCAAUCGCGCGUCUCCGUCACCGAUACAACUUUCGAGCUUUGGAAUUAUCUGAGAAAUCGCCAAUUUUGUAAGAGAGAAAAAUGAACGGUUCCUCAAAAGCCCUUCAGCUGCAUCAAUUUCCUUCCUCACCUCUGCUCUUCACGCGCUCUAAUUUCUCCGACGGUACGCAGAUCUUUGCCCUAAAAGAAUUUCUGAUUCAUUGUAUACGCUUUGUGCCCAGAAGGGUUGCUCUGAGACUGAGUUGUAGUUACAACUGCGAGCUGAAAAGGGCGAGCGAGCUCGACGGCGUUGCGGCUGAGGCUGUGCAGGGAAUGGGCUUUGAGGGGCGGCGCCCUGUGUUGAUCGCGGCCGUAGCUUGUAUGCUGCUGCUGGGCAAUCCUCCACAGAGAGCCCUAGCUUCCAAUUCUCCGUCGGCGUUCGUGGAGAAUGUUAUCUACUCUAAUAAGAUCGCCAUCUUCUCCAAAUCGUACUGCCCAUAUUCCUUGCAUGCCAAGCGCAUAUUCAGUGAACUCGAGGAGCAGCCCUUUGUAGUGGAGCUUGAUCUUCGAGAUGAUGGAUAUAAAAUUCAGGACGUUCUUCUGGACCUGUUCGGCAGACGAACUGUCCCACAAGUAUUUGUGAAUGGCAAGCACAUUGGUGGCUGUGAUGAUCUACAAGCUGCAGUCAGAAGCGGCCACCUGCAAAACCUUCUGAACAAAGCUUGAUUCAAUCGGCAAACUAAGUGAGAAUCGCCACUAACCUCACAAAAUCUAACUCCUUAAGUGGAGCUUGAAAGUUGAUCCUUGAUAGGAAUCUGAAUCAGAAUUUACAGGUAGGCUCUGUCUUGACUGUUCUAACCACGCCGUCCAUGAGACUAUACUUUGUUGAUCAACAUGGUACAUGGAGUUUGAGAUAUAACUUUUGGACUUUAACUGAAUUUGUAGAUGGGAUUUGUUGCACAGUGUGGUUUGUGAUAGUUAUCGUGGCGAGUCACAUUUCUACUUUCGCUUUUUAUGAUUGUCCACUUUUACAUCAUCUCCUCUUCUGUUUCUUGCUUGAAUUCCCAGCAUGAGCGCAGCUGUUUGAUGUUUUGGAACUUGAACUUUAUUCGUUCUGAGUUUUGUGAAGACCAUUAGCAUUAUCAGGCCUAUUCAGCUCGGCCAGUUUGAUGGCAUCAUCAGGAAGUUUACAUAGGAUGUGUUAUGUAACUGUCUGAUCUUUAUUAAUUCAAAGCAUUCGAGACAUGAUGCAGGUUUCUGGCAAUUCAAAUUGUAUGCAUCCAACGGCUCUCAUUGGGUGACAUGAAAUUUUCUAUACGACAUAGUCGAAGGUUGAGUUGCAUGCAAAUCUUUCCGCAAUCUCAACCUGUUGAAAAGUACCUGAUAAGUUGAGGAUCAUGGUUUCUUUCCAGGCGAUCUUUUAUUACAAUUUGAUGUCAUAUAUGGAUGUUAUACUGAUGUGUGAUUGACACGUGUUCUUUUUGAGAAUUGAAUUAAUAAUUAAGUUAAACUAUAA